AUGUCUUCAUUCAGAAACAUCUUCUCAAAAAGCUCAUCCUCCUCUCCUCGCAACACCUCUCUUCCCAUAACAAGACAACAACUUCCCACGACUCGUGGUUCCAUCAUUAAAGCACAACAUCCCACCUUGUCGCCACAAGAACAAGAACUUGUCGAUUUCAGUGAGAAAAUUGUUGAUCUCGUAUUCGUUUGCGACAAUACAGGUUCCAUGUCGGGUGAGAUCAAUGUGGCCAAAGACACCAUUCAAACCAUUAUUACUUCACUGCAUGAUCAUUUCAAGUCAGACUUGAGAUUUUCAGCAGUGAGUUAUCGAGAUCACAGUGACGAUUAUGCUGUGAAGGAAUUUCCAUUCACUCGAGAUGUUCAGGUCGCCAAAUUGUACGUUCAUGAAAUGUUUGCUUCAGGUGGUGGUGAUUAUCCAGAAGCUUUGGCAAGUGCCUUAAAAGUCGUCUCAGAAAUGCCAUUCAAUAAGAAGGGAAAGAAAAUUGUGGUUUGGAUUGCUGAUGCUCCUCCACAUGGAAUGGGUGCCAGUGGUGAUUCAUAUCCAGAAGGAUGCAAAGAUGAGAAUAAUCAAGUGAUUGAUUGGAUCAAAUUGGGAGAUUAUUUGAUGGAGAAGGGAUGUGUGUUUUAUACAUUGGUGUGUGAGAGAUCUCAACACGAUAAGCAAUUGACUCUCUUUUUGGAUUUCCUCGCAACGAAAACAAAUGGAAAAUGUCUCUUGCUCACAAAUGCAAACAAAGUUCCUAACUUGAUUAUUAAUGGAUGUAUUGAAGAUGAUGAAAUGGACAAACUCAUCGCAGAAAAGAUUAAGGAAUUGGGUGAAGAUCGAGUGAAAGAAAUGAAACAAGAAGAAUUAAUUGAACAAAUUAACAAACUCACUGAAAAUGCUAAAGUUCAACAAGUUCAGACCUAUGAAUUGCAAUCGGAUCAAACCAAAUUGCUUAUGCAAUGUGAUUCCUUAUCAAAAGUGUCUACCGAUGUGUAUCGAAAGGCCUCAAAUUGUGUGAAUAUGGCUGGUAAUUCAGAUGUUUCUUCAUUUAGUUAUGGAUCUGUCGCUUAUUGCAAACCAUCCAUCAGUCAAGUGGCAAAGGCAUGUCAAAGAAAUGUCAUUUCCAAAAAACAAUAA